ACGCUUCAACAGCAAACAAACAAACAACGCUUCCCCACAGUCGGGAUUAUGAUUGGCUGCCGAUCAGCCGCAGAUCUUUGUCCUUCUCUUGGGCUGGAAACCUAUGACAUAGAGAUGGGCUCACGGGGCCCGUGGGCUUGAGAUCAGUCUAUGCAUGUACUGUAAAGAUUCACGAUCUGCAUCAUUCAGCAUCUACACGUCCACCCACUGAUUCACAUCUCACCGCGGAACACCAUUGAGAGGAACAUAACAGCACACAGCAUGUUCCUACUCCGAGAUAACCAUUGUAACAUCUAGAACCAGUAUUUUGGGCGACUGUUUCACGUAGAUCAUUGAGAUGCGAUGCGCUUUUCAUUGAGGAGCAGCAGAUUGGCGCGAGCGCUUUUUUAUUAAUCAGCUUUCAUAAGGCGCGCGAGCUGGACGCUUCUUUUAGACAGGUGUUUCGUUUGUGUUUCGACCACCUGCUCUGGUACCAUGAUGUUAGGGCAGUCUCCACACCUUAUCGGGGGAAUCCACUGGAUUCAAAACCCAAUGCGAGCUGUUCACUGCAAUCUGACCCAGAAUGGGAUUGACCAUCAGAUGUGUGCAGAGGAUGUGACCUCACACCUGGAGGAAGUGUCUGUUGAUCAUGGACUGGAUGAUGACAGCCAAGGCUUUCAGGACCAGAGUCCUGGUUUUCAGAGGCGAUCUCCACCUCAGCGCUCCAUCUCAGAAUCUGAGCUCUCCAGGCCGGGAACUUUGAAGCUGUCCAAACCAGUGGCGCUGUGGAGCCAGCAGGACGUGUGUAAAUGGCUGAAGAAACACUGUCCCAAUCAACACCAAGUCUACGGUGACUCCUUCAAGCAGCACGACAUCACAGGACGAGCUCUGAUGAGGCUCACUGACAGGAAGUUGGAGCGUAUGGGCAUCAUGCAGGAGAGUCAGAGACAGUACAUACUACAGCAGGUCCUCCAGCUCCGCGUCAGAGAAGAGGUCCGUACUCUGCAGCUGCUCACGCAAGCCUCUCUGGAGAGUUCACCAUAACUUGAGCAUUCCUGGAGAUCCUCCGUUCCUUGUCCAUCUUCUCAGACGUCCGCAGCACACACCAGACUCUGCAGUCUUCCUUCAGUCCAGUUCUCUUAAAACUCUCCUAAAGCAGGUCUAGACCCUCUCGCUGACAGUCAUAAAAAUGGAUCCAUCUGCUCUUCAGUAGCUCUUUACAGCAUAUCAGAUCCAAACUCUAAGAAUCGCCAGGACUACCAAUGUUGGACAAUGUGAAAGACCUGCUUGCUGAAUUAUCUUGCUUGUUGUAUGUAAUCCUUUCUUCUAUCUAGAUAGAUAGCUAUAAAGCUAAUAUAGCUCAUUUGUCUGUCUGUCUAUCAAUCUAUUUUAGCUAGCUAGCUAAUUAGCUAUCUUUAUAUCUAACUUGAUUAUAUAGCUAUCUGUAAUUGAAAUAUACAUUUAUAGCUAGCUAUGUAGCUUACUAGCUAUCUGGAUAGGUAAUCAAGAUAUCUAGCUGGCUUUCUAGCUAUCUCUUCACCUGUUACAUUCUAACGAAAUAGCAACAUGUGGACUCCACCCUUUGCACGUCUGAAUAUUGCUCGUCUUAUCCUCUCUCUUGUGUCUGACGUCUCUUAGUAUUAUUUAAACUGUCUGGUCGGCCUGGUUAGUUGUCUCUUUGUCUUUUUAUGUCCCCAAGCUUGAAUUCCCUCGCCAUCCAUCAAAAGCAAGAUCCUGCUAUUAUGUAUCCCGUAGACUGAACUGCACUGUGACUGUGACCAGGUCUCUUAAAAAGACAAGCCCACCCUUCCACAGGGAGCUGCGUUCCACCCCAAAUCCUUCUUUCAUCGCUGGACCAAAUGCAUUAUACUCUCAUCUCUUGAUCCGGAGCCAAUCUUAGGGUUUGACUCAUGGUGGAAUUCAAUUAGAAGGCAGGAUGAAGCAACUGAGCUCAGAGCUGUGAAACUGCAAACAAUCAGAAAUGGGAGACAAAUCUUUUUUUUUUUUUUUUUUGGUUAUGAAAGCAGUAGAAAAAGAAAAAUAGAUGACAUGCCUCUCUGAAGUCUCAUCCUGCCAUUGGGAAAGACAAGGAAAGGAAAGGGAAUGUACUUUUAGGUGUUAAAUUGCAUUAUUAAAAAAAAAUUAUAAAUCAGACAGAGCAUUAUUUUACAGAAAAGAUGUGAGAUGCCUGUCACUAGGAGCCUUGAACGUCCCAUUCACUGUAUCUUUUUGAAUAGAGAUCCUCACAAAGGCAUCACUGUUAAUAUGACAAGGCCAUUCACUGUUACUUUUUUAACUUGGAAGCACAUGGAAGUACUGAAUCAAAUGAACUGUGUCUUUGUACCCUUUGAUCAUUGUCACCUUUGUAUCAAACUUCCAUUACUUACAAGAGCCUCAGGCAUCAACAAGGCUUCUCAACACAAAGAGACUUACCACAAUUGUAGCAUGACUCUUGAAUAUUGCACACCUUCCACAAAGGCGCCAACACAAUCGCCAAUAAAGGUCCAUGACAACGCAGACCCGCCAUUGAUUAAACCGAGUGGCUCCAGUUGUUUUGAGGGCUACAGUAAUCGGUUACAUGCUGCUGAUCGUGGCAUACGGCCAUGCCUGUGAUGGAAGGUUUGCCUUACAAGAUGCUUUAGAUUGCAAUGAGAUCCAAAAAUUGAGUGGUAUCGAUUAGACCACAUAGACUCAUAUUGGCUCUUGUCAUGCUCACAGGAUGGAGUCAAUACUGGGAAUCUGGGGAAAAGCAUGUUCCAAUUAAAAACUAGCUACCAUUUCAUGCCUUUGUUGGGCCUUGGUGUUUUUUUAUAGCUCAGAGAGGUCUCAAUGCCAGGGGCUUUUGAAAACUGAGGAAACUUGUGAAGGGCUGAGAGAGCGAAAACCAAAAUGGUCAUUGGUUUUAUAGCUGCUAAACUAGAAUAGAUCUCACUAUAUCGAGAAUUUGUGGUUCUUUAGAGAGAAGUUUUUAAAAGGAAAUCUCAUUUUUGCUCAAAAUGGUUUUGUUUUGGACAGUUUAGAUGAGCCAUAGUAGGAAGUGACAAACAAUACACAAGCAACUCUAAAUCAGCUAUAAAAGACACUGAAGUAGAGUACUUCUUUUCAUUUGGAUUAGAUUAUUUGAUGGCAAAAUGUUCACCCACAAGGGGUUUGUUUUU